AUGGCGAUCCGGAGAUGGAGCCCCGCCCGGACACAGCGACGGUUGCCAGGCAACAACAAACUCAAGGAUAGCCGCAACGAGGAGCGCUACCUGCUGGAGCGUGAUGAUGAGAUGCUGAAACUGCUCGAUGACAAAGCAGACAAGUUUAAAAACCCCAACAGCAUCCAGGGUGGGAAGUGGCAGCUGGGCUUCCAAGCCAUGUCCUUCGACCUGUACGCUAAGUACGGUAACAACCGCACGCUGAGCCUGGUGAGCCCCAAGCGGCCGUACUACCAGUGGCGCCUGCGCGUGCCCUCGGGCCACCUGGUGCGUCUGGUGGUCCUCACUCUGCACGCCGGCGCCACGCCCGGGAGCUGCACCGCGCACAAGCUGUCCGCCUACGACUUCCUGCUGCCGCUGCAGAACAAGAUCAUCGCCCGGUGGUGUGGGAUGCCCAUGACCGGGUCGUCUCCGGUCAUGAAGCUGACCUCCUCUGGCAACGUGAUGCUGGUCACCUUCUCCUUCAGCAGACAGAGGGACGGGGCCGUCUUCAAGGCCUACUUCCAGGCCAUCCCCAAAGCAGGCUGUGGAGGGUCAAUAUCCUCCUGGAACGGUUCCCUCACCUCCCCCUACUACCCAGCCCACUACCCCCCCAACGUGGACUGCUCCUGGACCAUACGGGCUCCGUUGCCAGGAUACCUGAUCUCCGUGACGAUAGUAACCUUGGACAUUCAGGACUCCUCGUCCUCGGAUGGCUGUGAAAAGGAUUGGCUGGACAUCAGAGGUCUUAAGCUGUGUAACCCCGUGUCAGAGAGCAGCAGGAAGCGCAUCUACUCGUCUCCAGUCACCCUCCACUUCCACUCGGAUGAAUCCGUCACUCACAAGGGCUUCUACCUGCUCUACCGCUCCUUCUCCACGGAGAACGCGUGUCCUCGCCAGUUCCGCUGUGGGGAUGGCCGCUGCGUCCCACUGAGGAAGGUGUGUGACGGCGUCAGGGACUGCUCCGACGGACGGGACGAGACCAAGUGCCCGUCAUGUAAGCCCGGGGACGUGUCCUGUGGGAACGGAGAAUGUAAACCUCCAGGGAGCCGGUGCCUCGGCCAGGCCCCCUGUGGAGAGAGCAGUGAGGAGGGCAGCUGUGGAGGGAAGUGUUUCCACAUGUGUCCCAACAAGGUGUGUGUGCCCAAGUCCUCGGUGUGUGACGGAGUGCUGGACUGCAGGGACCGCAGUGACGAGCUCAACUGCAGCAAAGCCAACAACAAAGGUUGUCUGCCAUCGUCCUACAAAUGUGCCAGCGGGAAGUGUGUGAACAAGCUGAACCCCGAGUGUGACGGAGCCAAGGACUGCUCUGACGGCUCUGACGAGCAGCGCUGUGGCUGUGGCACCAGACCCAGGAAGCGCUCUAAGAUCGUGGGGGGUUCUGAUGCAGGGGUGGGCUCGUGGCCCUGGCAGGUCAGCCUCCAGAUGGACCGCUACGGUCACGUGUGUGGGGCCUCGCUGGUGUCCAGCCGCUGGCUCAUCUCCGCCGCACACUGCUUCCAGGACUCGGACGCCAUCAAGUACUCGGACCCCCGGUCCUGGCGAGCCUUCAUGGGCCUGCGGGCCAUGAGCAUGGGCAACGCGGGCGCCGCCACGCGGCCGAUCCGCCGCAUCGUGCUGCACCCCCAGUACGACCAGUUCACCUCGGACUACGACCUGGCGCUGCUGGAGCUCAGCGCGCCCGUGUUCUUCAGCGACCUGGUGCAGCCCGUCUGCGUGCCCGCGCCCUCCCACACCUUCAGCACCGCCACCAGCUGCUACGUCACCGGCUGGGGCGUGCUGAUGGAGGACGGGGAGCUGGCGGCGCGGCUGCAGGAGGCGCCGGUGAAGAUCAUCAACAGGAACACGUGUAACAAGCUGUACGACGACGCCGUCACUCCCAGAAUGCUCUGCGCUGGAAACCUCCAGGGAGGGGUGGACGCCUGCCAGGGGGACUCCGGCGGGCCCCUGGUGUGUGUAGAGCGCGGGCGGCGCUGGUUCCUGGCCGGCGUUGUAAGCUGGGGGGAGGGCUGCGCCCGGCUGAACCGCCCGGGGGUCUACACCCAGGUGGUCAAGUUUGCCGACUGGAUCCAGCAGCAGACCAGAGGUCAAGUGUGA